AUGCCGCCUCCGUCAACCACACCGCCCAGAGAGGGGUCCCCGGCAAGGGAUUCCACCGGCGAGCCCACGCACGGGAAGGAAGAGCUGGCGAGCACAGGCGCCGGCAGCUCCAUACCGGCAACGAAUGUUGCCGGGGAGGGAGCCACCUCCCAGGUGCUUGUCACAGAUCCCCUCUUGGCGCAUCAAAUGGAUGUUGAUGCCACCAUCGAGGAGACCGCCAAGGAUGCUGCCGCCGAAGCUGCCAAAGUCGAUGCUGACGAGGCCACCAAGGACGUGCACGAAGAGGCCGCCAAAGGGUCUGCCGGGGAAGCUGCAGAGGCAUAUCUCGAGAAGCGUGUCGAGGAGAUGCAGGUCUGGUUCAAUGAGGCCUGGCAAGAGCUGAAGACUGGCCGGGAGCAGCUGAGGCAGCGUUGGGACGAGCUCCUUCUGAAGCAGACCGAUGUUGAGAAAGGACCUUGCCGCUCGCGAGGAGGCACUUGCCGCCAAGCUCCGCGCGACAAGGAUGAAGAAGUGGAAAAACUUGUCGCGCAGCAGACCCAAGAGCUGGAGCAAGAGCAUAAGAAAACACUUGACGCUCUGGUCUUGGAUCAUGUCGGCAAGUUGAAGGAAGCCAUCAAUGGUGCCGAAGCUGCAGAGGCCGCCAAGAACGAGCUGGCUGGGAAGGUGGAGAAGCUGGAGGUGGAUCUGGAGAAGCACAGCAAGGAGGUAUCGACGCUCAAGAGUGACAGAGACAAAACUGCCUACACCUUGGCGGAGUUGCAGGUCACCAUAUCUGACAAGACCAAGCAGCUCUCCGCAGCCAACGACUCCAUUGCCGAUCUGAAGCUGAAGCUGACGACAUUGGAGGAAUCCCUUGAGGGUAGCAGGGCUCGUGAGAAGACCCUGGCCAAGGACCUCCAGGAUGAGAAGAAACUGCUCGAGAGUGCCGCUGCCACCUACUGA